GGGGAGAGAAGCCAAAAUAGAAGGAAGUUUUUUAAUUUCAUACCAAAACAAAAACAUGAGAAGAAGUUAGUAUAAAAAGAAUGGGAUUUGGUCCAAUCUCAUCUUUCUAAAGCCUAACUCUCAACUUUCAACCAUAUACUCUCUCUCCAUAUUCUUCAAAAACUCACUCUCACAACUUAACAUCAGCUCAUCAACUUCUUAGACACUUCCAUUUUUCUUCUGCUAACUCCUACUUUGAGGAAGAAGAAUAAGAACAACAGCAACAACAGCUUUAACAAAAAACUUCUCCUCCAAUCACAAACUGAGGCCUUCACUGAACUAAAGAAAGAAAGGAACUCUUUUUCUUGUUCUUGUUCUUGUUCUUUUGGACGAUAAGGAUAAACUUGUUUGGUGGGGGUGGGAUUUUUCGGGUAAGUGAUGCGAUCGGGAGGUUGUGCAGCGAAUCAGACCUUCACACCGGAGGCUGCUUCCGUGUUGAAGCAAUCUCUGAGCUUAGCAAGGAGGAGAGGUCAUGCUCAGCUCACUCCUCUUCAUGUGGCUGUUACUUUGUUCAGCUCAAGGAGUAGUAAUCUGUUAAGACAAGCAUGCCUCAAGUCUCAACCACAUCAAACUUCACAUCCUCUGCAUUGUAGAGCUCUUGAGCUUUGUUUCAAUGUAGCUCUCAAUAGACUCCCAACUACACCUGGUCCUUUAUUCCAUGGACAACCUUCACUCUCUAAUGCACUCAUUGCAGCACUUAAAAGAGCUCAAGCCAACCAAAGAAGAGGCUGCUUAGAACAGCAGCAGCAGCAACAACAACAACAACAUCAGCCAGUGUUAGCCAUUAAAGUAGAAUUGGAGCAGCUCAUAAUUUCCAUUUUGGAUGAUCCAAGUGUUAGUAGAGUUAUGAGAGAGGCUGGUUUUUCUAGUACUCUUGUCAAGAGUAACUUAGAGGAUUCCUCUGUUUCGUCUGUUUUUCAUUGUUAUGGUAGUUCUGGUGGCAUCUUUUCUUCUCCUUCUUCCCCUUCUCGUACCGAUCAUCAUUCUGACCAAAGAGAUAACUUGAUUUUCAAUCCAGGGGAUUUUUGGCAAACCCAGUUCUUGACUCGCUCCUCUGAGCAAAACCCGCUUCCAUUUUCCCCACAAAAGAGAGUACCCAACACUAAUGUUAUUGCUGAAUCUGCUUCUUCCUUAAAGCUAGAUAUCAAGUUAGUGUUUGAAGCAAUGCUUGGGAGGAAGAGAAAAAACACUGUCAUAAUUGGUGAUUCCAUAACAAUGAUUGAAGGUUUAAUUUCAGAGCUUAUGGGGAGAGUAGCAAGAGGAGAGGUCCCAAAUGAACUAAAAUCUACAAAAUUCAUUGAGUUUUUGCUAUCUCCCGAUUCUUUAAGCUCCAUGAAAAGAGAAGACAUUGAAAUGAAGGUAGCAGAGCUGAGAAGGAACAUUGACUCCAUUACAUCAAGAGGAUGGGGAGCCAUAAUAUAUACAGGAGAUUUGAAAUGGAUGGUAGAAACAGAUGUUAGAGAAAGAGAAGAAACUAGCUUUUCGUCUAGUAAAGAAGCUUCAAGUUACAGCCAAAUCGAUCACAUGAUUGAAGAAAUCUCGAGACUAAUAUCAUUCCAUAGUAUUUCCUGCACAAAGUUAUGGCUAGUAGGAACAGCAAGUUACCAGACUUACAUGAGAUGUCAAAUGAGACAUCCGACACUCGAAACUCGUUGGGAUCUUCAAGCAGUACCUGUUCCUUCAGAUGGAUCACUUGGCUUAAGCCUGCACAGUUUCAGUCUUCAUGGGUCAAGGACCACGGCUUUGGGUCAUAAUCCAUCACAAGUGUGGGAAACAAAGCCAUUUGGUAUUGGUAAAGAGGGGCAAGAGAAGCUCAGUUGCUGUGAUUGUUCUUCUAAUCAUGAUAAGGAAGUUCAUCCAUUGAAGUCAAGUCAGCAGAAAGAGUUGCCUUCUUGGCUGCAGCCCUUCAGCACCCAACUAUCCCAUCUUAAGAGUCAGGAGAAAUCCACAAUGCAGAGCAAUGAAAGUUCAAGUGGAAGCAACUUCCUCAACACUUGGUCAAAUCCAUUUUCAACCAAGAACACAAUGUUCCAAGAUUCAAAUACAAUCUGCUUCACCGAACCAUCAUUAAAAAUGUCACGAAGUUCAAACCAGAUGCUUAAAUUUAGACGCCAGCAAUCCUGCAUCACCGAGUUCAAUUUCGACAAAUAUCAAGAUGCAACGCCAAGCUUAGACAAUCUCAAGAACAUGGAAGAAGAUAACAAAGAAGUAGACAUUUCUCUAUCUCUAGGUGACUCUUUAUUCAAAGAUCCAAAAGAUUUGACAAAGAAGAGUGAAGCAACUAUACAAAGAGAUCAUCUAUGCAAAUCAUUGGCAGAGAAUGUUCCUUGGCAAUCAGACACCAUUCCUUCAAUAGCAAAAGCACUGAUGAGUUUCAAAUCCAAAAAUGAAGAGUUGUUUUGGAUACUGAUUGAAGGGAAUGAUAAAAUUGGGAAAAGAAGGUUAGCUCGAGCUAUAGCAGAAUCUAUUUUUGGGUCUGUUGAACAACUCUGCAAGAUCAAUGCGAGAGGUAAUAAUGAGGAAAACCCACCUUCUAAAAUCGUUGAAAACGCCAUGAAAACACAAGAAAAACUAGUUGUUUUAGUUGAAGAUAUCGAUCAGGGAGAUCCUCAGUUCAUGAAAUUCCUAGCAGAUGGAUUCCAGAGUGGGAAAUUCGGAGGAAUGGAUGAAAAAGAUAGAGAUACAAGGCAAUUCAUAUUCAUUUUAACCAGCGGUGGAGAAGGAGGAGAUAAGGAAACAGAUUCUAUAAUCCCAAUGACAAUGAAUAUUGCGAUCAAUACUGGCUUUGGAGCGCUUAGUUUAGAUCAAAAGCGCAGAGCUGAAUGGGAAUCCCCAAUCAACACAAAGCAUCAAAGAACAAUCAAAGAAGAGGAAGAAGAUGCAAACCCCAAUACUAAUACGAUCGAUGCAGUGAAAAUCAAUGGAAGUGGAAGCCUAUCGAGACAAUCAAGCUUUAACAAACUCGACCUAAAUCUCAAAGCAGAGGAAGACGAAGAAGCACAAGAAAAAACAGAGGACGACAACAUACAUCUGGUAACCGAUCCAGAAUCCCCACCAAAGAAACUCCAAUUUCAGCAGUUAAUUCACAACCGCUUCGUAUUCAACGAGACCCCAUUAUCAAAAAGAGAGCAAAGAGAAUGGUUCAAGUCGAAGAUCGUGAGAUCAUUUGAAGGGGUGUUCGGAUUAAAGAAACAAGCGAAUUUCAGCGUGGAAGAGAGAGUACUGGAAUCAAUUUCAUCAAGGUCGGAUUGUUUCGGGAAUGGAGUGUUCAACAAAUGGUUAACGGAGAUUUUCGAAACGAGCUUGAGAGGGGUUGGAUUUGGCGGGCAAGAAGGAGCCGAUGUGAGGCUGUGUUUGAGUGGGAAAGAAGAUGGGGCCAUUGAAAAUGGGUUUAAAGGAACAGCUUUGCCUCAAAUCAUAAGGCUUUCUUUCAUGGACUGAAUUACAAAAUUACGACUUCUUAUUCUGCUACUCAUCCAUUGGAAGAACACACAAUGGAAAAUCUCCUUUUUGUAAUUUUCAUUUUCAGUUUUUUCUUCUUCUUAAUUUUGAUCUUGAUUUUAUUAUUGGGUCUUUUUUUCCCUAAUCCAAAGUUUUUUUUUUCUUUUUCAUUUUGGAAAAGAUAAUCAAUAGAACUGAGUUUGAGUAUUUAUAUAAUUUUUUAUUUAAUUUUUCCAUGUGAGACCCGUGAACUAAAAUAAUAUCUAUUAUUUAAAAGUCUCGAUUAGUAAUGAAAUGACACGUCCAUUAUUUUA